AUGAAAGAUUGGUUAAAGAAAGGUGUACUAAUCGGUGAAUCACAUAGUCUCGAUCAUAUGGCUAAUCUACACACACUCGGAAUCAUAAAAGAAGAAACGAAGUAUCUUGGAGGCCUUAAACUCGCCAUACACUUCCGGUGGUCAGCAGAAGCAAAAGAAUACCUAGAAGAUAAAAAUCGAUGGCAAGACUGGUUCAAGUGGUUGGUUAUGGCAGAUCAGUUUCAUCAGGAUUAUGAACGAGUUGCCUGGCUUAAGAUUACAGGCGUUCCUUUACAGUUAUGGGAAGAAAAUAAUUUCUCGAUUAUCGCCAGUCGAUAUGGUAAAGUUCUUAACCCAUUUGAUGGCAUAUCCAAUAGGAGAGACUACUCCAUGGGAAAAGUCAGCGUACUCACCUCAACAAGGAGAUGGAUCAACGACGAAAUCAUCGUUAAUUCUAACGGAUGUGAAUUCAAGGUUGGAGUCGUGGAGUACACCGACGACCGGUCUCCAUUCAAACCGGCUCCAUUCGACAAGGUAGACGACUCGGAGGAGGAAGACGAUAACACAGAAGGAAUCUCGGAAACCUGGAUGGAGGAGGAGAUGGAGGAACCAGAAGAAGGUGAAAUUCGAUCGUUGAACACAGUGAAGACCGACACCCAGCCGACUAAUCAUCAAUCUCCGGCGGUUCCGGCGGCCGUAGCACUUUCCCCGGCAACGAAAUCGGUAAACGGGAGAAUCGAAAAGUCUCCAACCAGUGCAUCGUUGGAUCCAAGUUACGAGAAGACGUGUAAUGUUGCAUUAACUAAUCUUAAUGCAGGAACGACGUUUAAAGUGCCCAAUGUAGAUUCUAGGUCAAACCAAGAAUGUGAUGCUUACAUCCCCAUAAAUGGGCCACCGGUAACUUACACUCUUGGGCCACUGGAGAACUUAGUUCCACUUGGAUGUUUUGGGCCAUUCCCCAACAAUACUAUGCCACUCUCCUUCACAUCCCAGCAGGCCCAAAAUAACGAAUUACACUCCAACUCGAACAGUGGCGGUGGACCUAAACAUAAAAAAAAGGAAAAAUGA